GAAGAGCUUAAGUUAUUAAACCGGGCAGCUUUAAUCUGUGAAGUCUCCUGGAGCAGUAGGGAUUAAUGUAUUUUUAUUCCAGAGCCAAUGUAGCUAUUCCAUCGAGCUAGGGUUUGCUCCCAGAACCCUCGACUGGCCCCACCACCCUGCUCUAAACCCACUUCCCAACCGUGUGCCAUGUGAUGGAGUUCUACUUAGAGAUCGACCCUGUCACCUUGAACCUGAUCAUCCUAGUCUCCAGCUACGUCAUCUUGCUCCUGGUUUUCCUCAUCUCCUGCGUGCUCUAUGACUGCCGAGGCAAGGACCCCAGUAAGGAGUAUGCACCUGAGGCCUCCCUGGAUGCCCAGCCCUCCAUCCGCCUGGUGGUGAUGCAGCAAGGCUCCCCGGGGGCCCCCUGGGCACGGGGGUCCAGCCUCCACUUUGGGAAUCACGCCCCACUGGGGAAGAAGAGCACCGUGGUGUAAGCCUGGCUGGGGGAUACUGGGAAAGAACACAAGACGCUGUGGACAAGCCGGUCCCCACGGGCUACAGCGCUGUCUGCACACACGUCUUGCUGGCCUAUGCAAGUGGGAGCUCUGCCUUCCCUUCUGCUUUCUCAUCAUCCUCCUUGUGGAUAAAGCAACUAUU